AUGACCGCGGCGACGGAGCAGCCGGCCGUGCGGCGCUCGGCUUCGCUCCGGACGUCGAAGGAGGAAGCGGGUCUGUCGCUCGUCGCCAUCUCGGAGCGCCCUGACGAGGCCGUCGAGGAGUACCUCCUGCGCCUAAAUGAGCACCGCAGGAGGUGCGAGGAGGCCGGCAGGUACAACGAGGCGUCCGCGACGGCCGAGCGCAUGCGGCAAGUGCGCGAGGAGGAGGCCGACAGGAGACGCAGCGCGCUGGAGGACAAACACAUGCGGGAGCGUCUCAUGAUCGAGGAAGCCUUCCGAAACGAGGUCGAGCGCUUCGAGACGGAGUGGAACAAGGCGGACGAGGAGCUGAGCGCGCGCCUGCACGAGAUGGAGGAGGGGGUGCGGGCGCGCCAGCUGCAGGAGCAGGUGCUGCUGCGGCGCCAGCAGGAGUCCAGGAGCAUCAGGUUCAAGUCGAGCGCGGAGCUGCUGUCGCUGCGCGAGAAGGAGGCGCGGCUGGUGCGGCAGAAGAACUACGCCGAGGCCGAGACGGUGCGGCAGGCCGCGGACGAGACGGAGGCGCGGGAGCGCGCGAUGCAGGAGAAGCACUUCUUCGAGCGGCAGGAGAUGGAGACGCAGCGGAUGCACGCGCGGCAGGAGAAGGAGCUGGAGGCGCUCGCGGGGCGCCUGGAGCGCAUGGAGUCGGAGCUGCAGGUGAAAAAGGAGGCCGCGUCGAAGCAGCUGGUCCACCGGUACGACGUGGCGCGGCAGGCGCUCGAGAAGCAGCAGCGGCUCGAGACGCGCGACCUCGGCCGCGCCCUGCGCGAGGGCCUGGUCGGCAAGGACGUCAACAUGCAGCGGCCCGUGGAGCGCCAGGAGCCCGCGUUCUCCGCGGGGAACCUGCAGCUCAACCGCCCGGUCUCCGCGUGCCUCAAGCCGACGAUCGCGGAGGUCGCAGCCGGCGAACAGGCGCGCUCGGCCAAGGGCACGCUGCGCGCGCCGCCGCCGGCGUCCGUCGCGUCGCGGCGCAAGAACGUCACGAAGCCGCUGCCGCCGAUGAGAGAGGGGUCCGGAAUGCAGGACCCCGUGCGCGCUGCGGCCGCCAAGCAGCCUCGUAUGGCGGACCGGCUACACAAACUAGUGGUGUAUGGUCAGGACAGCAACGCGACGCAGGGGCGGCGCACGCGGCCCAGCUCCGCCGCAGCGAAGAAGGACGCGAACCCUCCGCCGUCGCCGUACGCGAAGAAGCGGUCGAGCGCGGCGGGGAACGGGAACGGCGGAACGGCGGCGGCGCGGCUCCCGCCGCGCAGCGGGAGCAGCCCGUCCCGUCCGCGUGCGGCGGGCGCGUCGCCGGGGAAGCCGGCGCGGGCGGCCCAGCCGGGCGGGGGGCGCCGGCCUGGGUCCGGACGGACGGCGUCGGGGCGGCCGUUGUCGGCGGGGCAGCAGGAGGGCGACGCGGAGGGGUGGAGUUUAUUGACGGCGCUGAGGGACGAGCAGGGCGGCGGCGCGGAGGGCGGCGGCGCGGAGGGCGGCGGCGCGGACGGGCGGGCGUCGGGGUCGUCGUCGGCGCGGCGGAACCGGCCGGCGAGCGCGCGGCGGAGCGGGGGGGCCAUUGGGGGGAGUGUAGCGGAAGAGCAGGUAGCGGAGGUGGACGAGGGCCCCGGGGAGAGCUGA